AUGUCGCUUUCUCCCCUUGAAAAGGCUGCCAGUGGAGCCUUAGCUUCAGCAAUUGCUAGCACGUUGGUUUACCCCCUUGAUUUGAGUAAAACUCUCAUCCAAACACAAGUGGUCAAGAAAGAAGCAAAAGCCACACCCAGCGGAUCUGUUGAUGACUCCACUUACCUUCCUACGAAGAAGGAUGGUAAGCUCAAAUACAAGAACACCCUUGAUUGCUUGAGCCAGAUCUACAAGAAGAAAGGUGUGUUAGGUUGGUACCACGGAUUGAUAUCGUCUAUUUUCGGUUCGGCGGCGCAAAACUUCUCGUACUUUUACUGGUACACUAUUGUCAAGAGAGUUUACGCCAACUUGAAUAAGCAUAUACCCAACCAUAAACCCAAUACAGCUACUGAGUUGUUCUUAGGAGCAUUGGCAGCAGCCAUUUCCCAGAUGUUCACCAUGCCUAUUGGUGUUAUUACCACACAGCAACAGACAGACAAGUCAUCCAAGUCAUUGUUGGAAUUAGGAAAAGAUAUUCUUGAACAAGACGGGAUAACCGGCUUGUGGAGAGGCUUGAGAGUGUCAUUGGUGUUAUGUAUCAACCCAUCUAUUACCUACGGGUCUUAUGAAAGAUUGAAGACGAUUUUGUACGGUAAUAAGCAAUUCUUGGGACCAUUGGAGAGUUUCUCCAUUGGAGUGUUGGCCAAGUCUUUGGCUACCUUGGCUACCCAGCCUUUAAUCGUCUCGAAGGCCAUGUUGCAAAAGAAAUCCAACGUUAAAAAGGAUAAAGAUGGCAAUGUGAUUGUUUCAGCUGAAGGAGACGAAGACGUGAAAUUUGAGACAUUCACUGAAGCAUUACAAUACCUUUGGAGCACUGAGAGGUUUAACGGGUUAUAUAAGGGAAUUGCACCUCAAUUGGUGAAGGGAGUGUUUGUACAGGGAUUGUUAUUUAUGUUUAAAGAUCAGCUUGACAUUUUAUUUUUAUUUUUGUUAAAUUUGUUAAGAGCCAAGAGGGGUCUAGCUGCAAGAAAGUAA